CCGUCGCUACUGGCUCCGCGAUGGGAGUCGAUGUAUAUAUCAUGAAUAGAGUGGUCUGGGACGAACUACCUCCUCACAUUCGUGAACAUCUUUCAAAUGAACAAAAAGAAUACGAGAAGAAAAUAUUGAUUUUUAGCUUUAAAUACCAAUUAAGAUAUUCUAAUAAUCUUGUCGCUAAGGUUUAUAAAAAUGAAAAGAGAUACUAUCAACAAUUGAUGGAUCAUAGCCUUAAUCAACUUAUGCUUUACCCUUAUCACAUACAAGAUAAAGUUGUGCCAGGACUGGGUUUAUCGCCUUUUCGAUACUACAGAAGCAUGCUGAUUAAGAUUAUGUUAGCUGAACGUUCUUACGACUGCUUGCCAAAUUUUACUGCAGCUGACUGCCUUAGACUUUUGGGUGUCGGUAGAAAUCAAUACAUUGAACUUAUGAAUAGUUACAGAAGCGUUCUUUCUUCUAAGAAAGACAUGCAAGAAUCCCAUUCAGACUUGAUUUCAAAUAUUCUUCCUCAAUAUUCCAUUGGUAAUAUUUCGAUCCGCGGUUGGUACACUGCUCGGAUUGGCAAAGUUACGCUAAAGGAUGUGGAAUUAUCUUCAGACGAAGAG